AUGGAGAAAGCGGCGGCGAACGCGUUGCCGCCUCUGCGGUUCCUCGCCGUUCUGGCCGUGACAGCGUGGACCUUCUUCCUCUACUUCCAUUUCUCCGUGAUCAGCGGCACGGUGGAGGUGGGUCACGGGGAUGACGACGGCGCCGACGCGUGCCGGGGGCGGUACAUCUACAUGCACGACCUGCCGUCGCGCUUCAACACCGACAUCAUCCGCAACUGCCGCAAGACCGAGGACCACUGGGGGGACAUGUGCGGCGCCCUCAGCAACGCCGGCCUCGGCAGGCCGCUGGCCGACCGCACCGACGGCGUGCUCAAGAGCGAGGCCGGGUGGUACGCCACGCACCAGUUCGCGCUAGACGCCAUCUUCCACAACCGGAUGAAGCAGUACGAGUGCCUGACCAACCACUCCGCGGUGGCCGCCGCCGUGUUCGUCCCGUUCUACGCCGGCUUCGACUUCGUCCGCUACCACUGGGGCUACGACAACGCCGCCAGGGACGCGGCGUCGGUGGACCUGACGAAAUGGCUCAUGGCGCGGCCCGAGUGGCGACGCAUGGGAGGCCGCGACCACUUCCUCGUCGCCGGCCGGACGGGGUGGGACUUCCGGAGGAGCAACAACGUGAAUCCGGACUGGGGCACCGACCUCCUCGUCAUGCCUGCCGGCCGGAACAUGUCGGUGCUCGUGCUGGAGUCGGCGAUGCUGCACGGCAACGACUACCCCGUCCCUUACCCGACCUACUUCCACCCCAGGUCGGACGCCGACGUGCUCCGGUGGCAGGACCGAGUUCGCGGCCAGCACCGGACAUGGCUCAUGGCGUUCGUCGGCGCGCCGCGGCCGGACGUGCCCAUCAACAUCCGCGUCCGCGACCACGUGAUCGCGCAGUGCAAGGCGUCCAGCGCCUGCACCAUGCUGGGCUGCGCGCGCGCCACCGGCAGCACCCAGUGCCACACCCCGGGUAACAUCAUGCGGUUGUUCCAGAAGACCACCUUCUGCCUGCAGCCGCCCGGCGACACGUGCACGCGGCGGUCGGCGUUCGACUCCAUGGUGGCCGGGUGCAUCCCGGUGUUCUUCCACCCGGGGUCGGCGUACAAGCAGUACCGGUGGCACCUCGCCGUGGACGACCAUCUCAGGUACUCUGUGUACAUCCCAGACGCCGACGUGCGGGAGCGCAACGUGAGCAUCGAGGCCGUGCUCCGGGCGAUCCCUCCGGCCGCGGUGGAGCGGAUGCGGGAGGAGGUGAUCAGGCUCAUCCCGAGGGUUCUGUACGCCGACCCCAGGUCCAAGCUAGAGACUGUCAAGGACGCGGUUGACGUCGCCGUCGAGGGGGUCCUCGACACGGUGGCGCGGAUCAGGAACGGUGAGUACGUCGACAGCGGCGGCCCGGUCACCGAGGACCCUCCGAACCUUUUCGCCUCUACGGAGUCCAGACUCCGGCCGGUGCGACCGGUGCAAGCCGAUCAGUAG